UAAUAAUAAUAAUAGUAAUAAUAAUUGAAGUCCGAAUUCACAUAACAGGUCCAGAGUGUACCCGCUGACGACAUAAUGCGUGGUCUUGUGCUUUCGCUAGCUGGAUCCAGUCCUUCAGACCUGACCAAGGCCAAUAUUACCAUCGAUGCUCCGACCCAAGAUGACCGCGAUGACGUCAUUGCUACAAGACCAGGCAUCAUCGCUCAGGUCAACAUUCCACCUUCGGUUGCAUCCGUCAUUUCGUCCACGGCCCCACUCUCAGGAUCGCCGUCGAAUGGCAGUGGUGAAUAUGUCCGGGUCAACUUCAAUGUAUUUUCAACUCCAGCCCUGUUUAUUUCUAAAUCAUUGCGCAAAUUCAGUGCAGCUAAUGAAGCCUUCAAUCGAUCGGCUAACUCUCCCGUGAUUUCUCUAAGUAUUGGUCAAGGGAAAGUUGCAGCAUUGACCGAGUUCAUCAACUUUACCUUCACUACAAUAAUGUCUGGAUACGUGAAUCCCAUGUGUUCAUUCUGGGAUGAGGAGGAGGAGGAUUGGUCCCAAGAUGGGUGUGUUCUUGUUUCUGGAAUCACAUCAUCCGAUGAUCGCUCUGAUGAGGAGACCGUGCGCUGUGCGUGUGAUCAUCUUACCAACUUCGCUGUUAUAAUGGAUAUCCAUGGACACGAGGGUUCAUUAAUCGAGGCAUACAACAUCCUGACUUACAUUGGAUGCUGUAUUUCUAUCUUUGGUCUUCUUGUCACAUUGGCAACCUACCUGUGGAACAAGGAUUUGAGGACCAAACAGGCUAACAAGAUCUUCAUCUGCCUGUGCCUGACAUUGCUAUGUCUCUACACGACAUUUGUCAUCAUGAUCUCUCUCGAUUCUACCAGAGAUUAUCGUGAGGUCCAAGCUGGACCCUGUGGGUUCCUGACGGCCCUAGUUCACUUCUUCGUUUUGUCGUCUAUUGCAUGGAUGGGUGUGGAAGGGUACAAUACCUACCUCAUUAUCGUGAAGAUCUUUAACACCUACAUCCAGAAUUUCAUGAUCAAGGCUUCCUUAGCUGCAUGGGGAAUUCCUGCACUUAUCGUGGUUCUUACUGGAGCUAUUGCUAGAGACUCUUAUGCUCAUGAUGAUCUAUGCUUUCUACAAUUCUGGGCUCAAAUCGGUGGUCUCUUGAUUCCCAUGUCCAUCAUCCUCCUUAUCAACAUUGUCAUCUUUGUCCUGGUGGUUCGACAGUUGCUCCGGUCAGCCAACAUCGCUGGUCGGGUGAAAAGAGAGGCUAAGGCAGAACGUCGUGAGACUAUCGAACGCGUCCAGAACGCGAUCUGCAUCUUGCUUCUGCUCGGUCUGACCUGGGUUACCGGAUAUCUUCUUUUAAUCCCGUUAUUCAGUCAGGUGGCUCAGCCAAUCUUCGUCGUCCUGAACUCCUUCCAAGGAUUGUUCAUCUUUCUACUCUAUUGCGUCCGGAAGCCUUUCAUUCGUAAGAAAUGGGGGCUAACUUGUUUCGACAAGUUCCUAAAGAAAGAAGCAAGCACUUCCAGCGGUGUGGUAAGCUCGACGGGGCUAUCCUCGUCAUCUGGCGUGAUAAGCAAAUUGCGUCCAGGAGCCUCGGAUAAUUACUUGUUGCCUACCAAAGACGACAAACCCGACCCUAUGUGUAGGUUCAAUCCGACCUAUGAUGUUAGCCAGGUUGAGGAAGGAGUCACACCACCAAUGAGCAAAGAUAUCCAGAGUUCCACCGAGGAACAGAAGAAGGACACGGAUCGUGAUGCAACAAGCACCGAUGUCGUGACGGUCAGUCUCCCUCUUGAUGCAUCUGUCGCAAAUGUCACUGAGAGAGGUGAUGGUGUUCUCUCCACCACGGAUGCUGACACGGUCAGUGUUACUCUAGAUUCAACUAAUUCCAGCAAAGCUACUGACGGUAACGACUAUGGUACUUCUACCAACAAUGAUGCUGCCAUAUAAGAUGCAGAGGGUAGCACCAAACACAGAGGUUUUUUAUUCAAUAAUGUCAAAGCAAGAAUAAGGUCUUAAGAGAACAUGAUGUUCCAAUGGAAUACUAGGCAGGGGAGGGGUGGACUGGACUGGGUGUCGACUGUGUCCCUUUCCCCUCUCCCGAUCAUAUUGCAAUUACCAAUAUACCGUCACCACAUAUUCGGGCAACCAGGUGUGGGUAUUUGUUAUCAUCUUUAUUAUAUUUCAAUCAUCAAUUUAUGUAUU